AGGUUUAUGUCUCCUCUUUAUCACUUCAAGAUAUCAUUGUAUUUCCAUUUCUGAAGCAUACAAUCUAUCUUGCAAUUUCAUUUUGUGAAUAAGAAUUUAGAAGAUGGCUGAAGCAGUAAUUGAAGUUGUGCUAGGAAAUUUGAACUCACUUGUUCAAAAAGAAUUGGGACUGUUUUUGGGUUUUGAUCAAGACUUAGAAAGGCUUGCCAGCGUGUUCACCACAAUCAAGGCUACCCUUGCUGAUGCUGAAGAGCAACAAUUCUCCAGCAGAUCUAUAAAGGAUUGGCUACAAAAGCUAAAAGAAGCCGCUUACAUUCUUGAUGACAUUUUGGACGAGUGUGCCUAUGAAGCAUUGAGAUUGGAGUACCAAGGAGUCAAACUUUGUCCAUCAAACAAGGUAAAAUGCUCUGGCUUGUCCACUUUUCAUCCCAAGCGUACUGUUUUCCGUUAUAAAAUAGCCAAGAAAAUGAAAAGGAUAUGCGAGAGAUUGGAAGAAAUUGCUGAUGAAAGGACUAAGUUUCAUUUGGCCGAGAUGGUUCCUGAGAGAAGAAGUGGAGUAAUUGAGUGGCGCCAAACAAGCUCAUUCAUUUCCGAACCACAUGUGUAUGGAAGAGAAGAAGAUCGGGAUAAACUUAUAGAUUUCUUGGUUCAUGAUGCUUCUCAUGAUGAGAAUCUAUCAGUCUAUCCAAUCAUAGGUUUAGGUGGACUUGGAAAAACAACACUUUCCCAACUCAUCUUCAAUCAUGAGAGGGUAAGAAAACACUUUGAACCAAGAGUUUGGAUAUGUGUUUCGGAAGAUUUUGGUUUGAGGAGAAUGACCAAAGCUAUCAUUGAAGCAGUGUCUGGGCAUGCCUGUGAAGAUUUAGAUCUAGAUCCACUGCAAAGAAAACUUCAAGAUCUGCUCCAAAAUAAGAGGUAUUUGCUUGUUUUGGAUGACGUAUGGGACGAUGAUCCAGAAAGUUGGGAGAGGUUGAAAUCAGUUUUGGUUUGUGGGGCGUUGGGUGCCUCCGUUUUGGUGACUACUCGUCUUACAAAGGUUGCUGCAAUCAUGGGAACAGUGCCACCUCAUGAAUUAUCAAAUCUAUCUGACAAUGAUUGUUGGAGAUUGUUUAAACACAGAGCUUUUGUAGCGGAUGAAGUAGAACUGGAGGAGCUUGUAGUGGUAGGUAAGGAGAUAGUAAAGAAAUGUGGGGGAGUUCCUCUGGCAGCAAAAGUGCUAGGAGGUCUUCUACGCUUCAAAAGAGAGGUAAGAGAGUGGCUCAAAGUUAAGGAAAGCAACAUCUGGGGUUUAACGCACAAUAUAAUGCCUGCCUUAAGAUUAAGUUACUUGAACUUACCUAUACAUCUUAAGCAAUGUUUUGCUUAUUGUGCAAUAUUUCCCAAAGAUGAAAGAAUAGAAAAGCAAUAUUUAGUUGAACUUUGGAUGACUAAUGGAUUCAUUUCCUCCGAUGGAAAGUUAGAUGCUGAAGAUGUUGGUGAUGGUAUCUGGAAUGAAUUGUACUGGAGAUCAUUUUUUCAAGACAUUGAGAAAGAUGAAUUUGGCGAAGUUGAAAGUUUCAAGAUGCAUGAUCUUGUUUAUGAUCUUGCACAAUUUGUUGCAGAGGAGGUUUGUUGUAUCACAAACGACGAUGACAUACAUGCUUUAUUUGAAAGAAAAAGAAUCCACCAUUUAUCAGACUAUGGAUGGGAGUUUCAUCCAGCUCAGUUGCAUCAAGUGAAAUCUUUAAGGACUUACUUAGGAAAAAAUGUCCAACUUUCUCCGGACGUGGUGAAAUGUUAUUCUUUAAGGCUGCUUCAGUUUAAACCACGGAAAGAAUUGUUAUCUGCAAUUGGUGAUUUGAAACAUCUAAGGUACUUAAAUCUUUCUCAUGGUAAUUUCCAAACUCUUCCAGAAUCCCUAUGUAGAUUACUGAAUUUACAGAUACUGAAAUUAGAUUAUUGUUAUACUUUCAAAAAGUUGCCUGACAGUUUGGUACGCUUAAAAGCCCUGCAACAACUGUCUCUUAAAGACUGCAAGUUGCUAUCACGCUUGGCACCUUAUAUAGGGAAGUUAACUUCCUUAAGGAAUUUAUCCAUGUACUUAGUUGGCGAGGGAAGAGGGUUCUUGUUAGCAGAAUUGGGACCACUAAAGCUUAAAGGAUGUAUUGACAUCAAACAUCUAGAGAGAGUGAAAAGUAUGAAUGAUGCCAAAGAAAGCAAUAUGUCAAGUAAGCAGCUGAAUAAGUUGACGUUGAGAUGGAAGGGUUUCAGAGAGGGGGAGUUAGCAAGAAAUGACGAGGAGGUUCUUGAAGCCCUUAAACCAUGUAACCAGACUCUCCAGAGUUUGAGACUGGAAGGUUACCAAGGUCUCAAUUUCCCACAAUGGAUGUCUAGUCCUUGUUUCAAAAGUUUAACUUAUCUAAAGCUGUGGUUUUGCAGAAACUGUAUAAAACUUCCGGUGUUGAGGAAAUUACCUUCGCUAAAGAGGCUAGUGAUAGGUGGGGCAAAAUAUGUAAAAUACGUGCAGGAAGAGUCCAACGAUGAUGAUGAUCAUGUUGCUUUCAUGGCUCUAGAAUAUCUAUCAUUAGAAAGUCUUCCAAGCCUAAUAAGGUUAUCAAGUGAGGAUGGAGAAAACCAAUUUCCGUGCCUUUUCACACUUAAAGUUAACGAUUGUCCAAACUUUUCUCUGCAUGGUUUGCACUCUCUCAAGACAUUAGAAAUUAUGAGGCUUCCUAAGUUGAAAGUGUGGCCAGGUUUGCAAUGCUUAACCUCUCUUGAGGUUUUGGGGAUUACCGGAUGUGAUGAGGUGGAAGGUUUACAAUAUAUGACUGCAUUAAAGAAGUUAUCACUGAGGAAUCUUCCAAACAUGGAAUCCUUGCCUGACUGCUUUGGAGAGCUUUCCUUGCUUCGUGAAUUAAGCAUUGUUGGGUGUUACAAGUUGAUGCGUCUUUCAACAAGCCUAAGCCUUAGUAGUGUGGAAGUAUUGAGUAUUCUAGAUUGCAAUCUUGAGUUAAGCAAACGAUGUGAGAAGGAAAACGGAGAGGACUGGCCCAUAAUAGCUCACAUUCCCCAUCUCUAUGUCUAAAUAGCCCAUGGACUGCUGCUACAUUGCUUCCUAUAUCAAAAGAAUAACGUAUAUUUACUAUCUA